AUGUACUGGGGAACUUUGUUGCUUAAUCCUUACAAUCUUGGGCUUAGUUUACACCAUCGCUUUUGUUUCACAGAAGAUGAAACAGGCUCCGAGAGAGUGACUUGCUCAAAACCACGCAGCAACGCGGUACUCAGCCGGGGCUCUCCAGAAAGGCCAGAGUCCACGGUUCAUUCUAGUUCCAGUCCCAUGUUUCUGCUACUUCGCCAUCCCGGCCCUUUUCGAUCCACUGACAGUUGUGACAGGUCUCGCCCUGGCCGCAUCUCCAGGAUGAUGCGUGCUGGAUGGCAGCAAGGUGAUAUCUCCAGAGCGAGAGCUUUCCUUCCUGCACCCUCCCCAGUAGCCGGGCUGUCCGGUUCCGCUCCUACGGCCUGCAGCAAUCGCGGGAAGAAAAAGGGUGGGGGAAGGGAGGAGAGGCUGCAGAAAAGCCCACAGGAGGCCUACGUGCAGCGCGCCCUCGUCUGCAUCGCUGGUUCCCAGGCGCCCGCCACCCGCCAGGUCCGGUCAGGCCUCAGUGCGCAGGCGCGAGGCGCUCCUCGCCCCCUCCCAUCUGCGGGCCGCCCUUUCACCCUGGCAACCACGGCGCGACGGCGGCGCGCGCGCGGUCUGGGCGCGGACGGGUAUGGAAAAUACAGCUCAGAGAGGGAAGCUCUACAAAGGAUCAUUUCAACUCUGGCAAAUAAAAAUGAUGAAAUUCAAAACUUUAUUGAUACACUAAAUCAUACCCUAAAAGGAGUUCAGGAAAAUUCUUCUAGCAUACUUUCCGAGUUAGAUGAAGAAUUUGAUAGUUUAUAUUCUAUAUUGGAUGAGGUUAAAGAGAGUAUGAUUAACAGUAUCAAGCAGGAACAAGCUCGUAAAUCACAUGAGUUGCAGAGUCAGCUUAGUCAAUGUAAUAAUGCCCUGGAGAACUCUGAAGAACUACUAGAAUUUGCAACAAGGUCAUUAGAUAUAAAGGAACCUGAAGAAUUUUCAAAGGCUGCCAGACAGAUCAAGGAUAGAGUCACAAUGGCUUCAGCCUUUCGCCUUUGUUUGAAACCAAAAGUCAGUGACAACAUGACUCAUCUGAUGGUGGAUUUCUCCCAGGAAAGACAGAUACUACAAACUUUGAAGUUUUUGCCCGUCCCCAAAGCUCCAGAGAUAGAUCCUGUAGAGUGUUUGGUGGCUGACAACUCUGUAACAGUAGCUUGGAGAAUGCCAGAAGAGGAUAAUAAGAUUGAUCAUUUUAUACUAGAAUAUAGGAAAACCAAUUUUGAUGGACUUCCACGUGUAAAGGAUGAGCGAUGCUGGGAGAUAAUUGAUAAUAUUAAGGGUACUGAACAUACGUUGUCAGGCUUAAAAUUUGACUCAAAAUAUAUGAAUUUCAGAGUAAGAGCUUGUAACAAGGCUGUGGCUGGAGAGUAUUCUGAUCCAGUGACUCUGGAGACCAAAGCACUUAACUUCAGUUUGGAUAACUCAUCAUCCCAUAUGAACCUCAAAGUUGAAGAUAGCCUUGUAGAAUGGGAUCCUACUGGAGGAAAAGGUCAAGAAAGUAAAAUUAAAGGAAAAGAAAACAAAGGCAGUGUCCAUGUAACUUCACUGAAGAAACAUACAAGAAGUGGUACACCAUCUCCCAAACGGACAUCUGUAGGCUCCAGGCCACCAGCAGUAAGAGGCAGCAGAGAUCGAUUUACUGGGGAAUCAUAUACUGUGCUGGGAGACACUGCUAUUGAAAGUGGACAACAUUAUUGGGAGGUCAAGGCCCAGAAGGAUUGUAAAUCCUACAGUGUGGGAGUAGCAUAUAAAACUUUGGGGAAAUUUGACCAACUGGGAAAGACAAAUACUAGCUGGUGUAUCCAUGUCAACAACUGGCUACAAAACACAUUUGCAGCAAAGCAUAAUAAUAAAGUCAAAGCUUUGGAUGUUACUGUUCCUGAGAAAAUAGGUGUAUUUUGUGAUUUUGAUGGGGGUCAACUUUCUUUCUAUGAUGCAAACUCAAAGCAGUUGCUGUAUUCCUUUAAGACAAAAUUUACUCAGCCAGUAGUACCUGGUUUCAUGGUUUGGUGUGGAGGACUUUCCUUGAGUACUGGGAUGCAGGUUCCAAGUGCUGUAAGAACACUCCAGAAAAGUGAAAAUGGAAUGACUGGCUCAGCUAGCAGCCUGAACAAUAUUGCUCAGUAAUGCCUGCUCAGAAUAUGUUUACCGUCAACCGUCUUGAUUGGGUGGCCUUGUCUGUGCAGUUACUAAUCACAGAAACUGAGUGGUGGAAAUCGGAUUUGCUAAGUUCUGCUUUAAGGCCUGGAAUCUGUUAGCAUUGAGGAUCUAGUACAAAGCAUUUGCAAGAACCCGCUGUGCAAUAUAGAAGCAAGCAGAUAUUGAUCAAGAAAGUGAUGUUUUGAAGAGUAAAUGAGGGAGAAAGUCAGUGUUUAAAUAUUAAUACAGAAAUUCAUUUUUGUAUUUCUUGUAUUAAUUUGGAUCUUCUGAUAUGUUUACUUAUAUAUGGUGUCCCUAUGGCCUGGGGUGAAAAGCUUUUACAUUUUGCCUUCUUUCCUCUAUACGUUCUUUUUUCCAUUUCAUCACUACCUAUCAUUUCAUUUUUCACACCGAAGCUUUAAAAAUAAUUGAGUCUUCUAAGAUAUUCUGAAAAUUGAAAUAAUUGGUUUAGAAUGAUAGAAAGGUUUCCUUACAAUGGUUUAUUUUCCCUGUUUAUAAAUAAGGUGAGUUUUGCUAAAUUAUCCUCUUUCAUUUAUUGACUAGAUUUUGUAUAUAAUUUUCUUUUUUUCCAAAAUACUGAUAUUUCUCUUGAGGUUAUAACUCAAAAUGGUUGAUAUAAAGAGUUUCUAGAUAUAACAGCUUAAAAUUAACCAAGUUUUAGUUUUGUGCCUACUGCAUUAACACAGUUAGAUAAGGGUAUUCUUUAUAUAUUGUCUUGUUUAACUACAAUUCUUUUUAUUCCAUCACUUUGGGUGAUGGGUAAGGUUUUAGAAGCCUUACAUUUUCUGAUUUUGUUGUCUAGUUUAAUCUCACUUUUAAUAGUCAUCUUUGAUAAAAUUCUCACUUGAAUUUGGCCUUGAUAAUAAUUAUGCUUGUUUUUGACAUUUCUAGUAGGAAUGAAAGUUUAUUAAAGUUAUAUCAAGGGUAGAAGACCUACAUUAAUUUUUAUCUAAGAAGGAUAGGUAAUAAAGAGAGGUACCUAAAAUAUUCUUUAUUGAAGUAAUUUAUAUCUUUUUUCAAUAAGAUAUGGAAUAGUUUAAACAAUUGUUUUGAAAAAAAUAUAUAUUAUCUCUGACUUAAUUGGUACAUGAGUUUUUCAAACAACCUUUCAGGUGCUAUUUUUCUCAGUUCUUUUCCUACAUUCAUUUGCUUUCUAAAGAGGAUGUAAUCUCUUCCAAAAUGGCAUAGUUUUCCCCAAACUUGAGAGACUAUGUUAAACAAUAAGUACAGAACAUAGAUAUGUUAUUUAGCAGAAUGUAGCUAUGCCUAAAAAGUUGAUUAGAACUUGAGCCAAACUAAAAGUUGUAAUUAAAGUAUUUAAGAAUUAUUGAGCAUUUUAAAGAGAUCUGAUAUUGUGUUUUCCAUAAUUUUUAAAACUUUUAAUUUCUUCUGUUGACUUUCAUUUUCAUUUUAAAUAUUUUGUGCUAUGACAGCUUGCUCCCAGGAAGUAACUGUUGCUGCUUUUGAGUUGCUUUUUAUAGAGAGGCCUAUGUAAAUCCAAUAGCUCAUUUUCUCUUACAAUUUGCUGCUUACUGAUACAGUGUUUAUUCCAUUUAUAAAUCUAAAUGAGAAAUUUUAUUUGAACCAGGAUAUUAUUUUUCCAGAGGAUAUUCAGAUCUGCACCAUUGUCUGAUGACAUAUUGAUAAUUUUAGAGACUAUAGGGCAGUUUAGAGAAUGAAAUAUGUCAACAGAAGCUCUUUUGAUUCUCCAAGCAAAUAUAACUUAGGUUUCUGUUCCAUGUAGAGAUUUUGGAAGAAAUUUUCAGAUGUUCUGUUCCCUAUAGAGGAGCUAUUACAGGACCUUAAAAACACAGAUCUGUGAUUCCCUUUCAGAGAUUCAAACCUUAAAGCAGUAAGUUAGUAGUUAAGUUGCUUUAUGUGAAUAGUUACACGGUAUAUUUUAGCAAAAACAACACAAAAACUAAGUCAGAAGUUCUUGUAUAAAACUUUUCUAUUGUCUUACAUAUUAUAAUGGUCUUCUCAUUAAUUCAGUGCCUUUUUCCUCUUAGACGCUCUUGCUCUAUGCCUGAAGCAGUAUCAGCUGAUAUGUAAGCCAGAGCAUUAUGUUAAAGAGAUGAGGGCCUUCUGUUGCACGGGCAAGAGGAAAAGAAUAUUAAUCAGGGGCUGGAGGAAUGCAUGUGAUUGUUUCUUGUGCUCAUGACAUCAUUUGAGACCUUACAUCAA